GUUGAAAUUCUUGUGAAAAAAUUUUUUACUUGGUAUCUUAUUUUCGGUGUUUUUAACAAAAGAAAUUUUCCUAUUCAAAAACGUAAACUAAAAAGUAGUAAUAAUUCGAAAUGCCUAACGUUGAAACUGAAAACAAAAGUAACGCACCUUCACGUAAGAAGGAUAAAAGCAAAUCUUUGGCAGUUACCACUGAAAAAGAUGUUUCUUCUUUACCCCAGGAAACGUUUUCUCCAAUCACACCUGCUAUUGAAUCCGGGGAUUCUUCUCUUGAAAACGUAAACAAAAACCCAUACCUUGACGUGAUUAAUAAAAGACUUAGAAAAUUAAACAAAGUGAUGAGAAAUGUUGAGAAAUAUGAAGCCAUUAAAAAUUCCGAUUCUGAACCUCAAUUAAGUGAAGAUCAAAUUAAAGUUCUCGAAAGAAAAGGUGAAACUAGUGGUGCUAUCAAAGAAUUUGAAUCAACACUUAAGCAGAUAGAGUUGCUUGAAAAAGACGAACUUAAGAAACAAGCUGAACUAAAAAAGGCACAGCAGUUGGAACGUGAUCAAGCAAUUGCUGAUGCUGUUGAAAAAGUUAAGGCUACGCAUUGUAAAUCCUUAUUACAGCUCAUCCUCUUUUUUAGGCUUGUACACUUUCAACAACGCGGUAUUGUCCAAUUAUCGGAUAAUGAAUUCGAAGCUGUUGAAACUCUUCGUGCUAAACUUACAACUUUAUCUGAGGAAGCAGAGAAUGAAGAACCAUAUGAAGAAAAAAUCCGACAUGCAUUGGAUCUUGUCGGCAAAUUAAACUCAGGUGAUGAGGGUUUGAUAUUGCCUAAUGGUGUCCCUGAAACGGAUCAAGUUGCAUCAAGUGAUGAAACUCCUUCUUCCUAUGGAAUAUCAUAUUCUCAGUUACGUUCUUUGAUUAAAAACCCUCCUAUACUAGAAACUUCCGGAGAUCAAGAGGAAUUGAAUGAAACAUUUGAAAUUAUUAACACACCCGAUCACAUUGAAGUUACUACCGAAUUUAAUGCUGAAUUGAAAUUUAUGCGCCCUGAUGAUCAAUCUCAACCUCAAGCUUUUGAUAACACAAUCAAUAAUAAUACAACGUUUGGUUAUCAAAGCACAGAUGCGGAACAAAAUCCAGCAGAAGAAACAGUUGUAGAUGUUAAUGUUCAAGAACAAUAUAGUCAACAACAGAGUUAUGAUACAUAUGCAGUGGAACAACAGCAAUUCACUGUUGAACAACAACAACAACAAUAUAUAGUGGAACAGCAACAGCAGCAAUUUAUUGAACAGGAUGAUCAACAACAGGUUUCUACUGAACAAGAAGAAUUGUCUCAACAACAAGAGGAACCACCUGUUCAAGAAUCACAAACUACUUCAGAAGAUCAAUCAGAUUCAAAACUAACACAGGCAUCAACUCAACAAAAUAGUAAUCAACCACCGCCGUUAUCACAGGGUUCUGGUGGACACAGAGGGCGUUAUCGCGGUAAUCGUGGACAUAGAGGCCAAGGGCCUCGAAGGGAUUCGGGAGGUUACAAUAAUUAUGGAGGAGGAGGUUAUUAUCGUGAUGGUGGAAAUUAUGGAAAUUAUCGUGGACGUGGUGGUUCAGGUCCCCGUGGUGGAAGAGGUGGUGGAUACCAAGGAAACCGUGGAACCCCAUAUAAACAACGUUCUCAAUAAGGGAACGAGAAAUAUUUUGUAUAUACAUUCUGAAAGAUCGGGAUCUUUCAUUAAAAUGAUGUUUGAGAGAUUGCAACUCAUUAUUUUAAAGCAAAGAAAGCAAACGAACAAUUUUUUCUAUAGAAAAUCGUUAACUCUUAAAAAAAACGAUUUUCUUUUUAUAAUUUUAAUGUAAAAAAAAAAGUUGGUAAAUAAUGUAAUUGUCGAUUAGCAUUUUUUUCUUUUUGUUUUUUUUAAUAAUGUGAAAGCAAUCUAAUUAAGAAAGUACGUUUCAAUUUCUUAAACUACUAUGG